AUCUUCUUGCCAGUUUCGCACACUCCCAUUGGGUGUUGGCUUAUCCAAUGAAAAAGAGUGUUGGUGACUUCCUCGCAGUUGUCUGUGUGUGUGGUUGUGAGUGCGUGCAAUCCAAUCAACAAAAUGCUUCGUCGAGAGACGAGACUGAGACGGGGGUACCUGUAUAGGAAGUCCCAAGAGGACAGGGUGCGGACGAUUGAGGAGAAGAAACAAGCUGAAAUCUGCUCUUGAUGGUGAGGACUGUAUGUAAUGGAGGAGAUUGGUGGGAGGAUGAACAAUCUAAAAGACCUUGACACUUUUUAAAAUGGCAGCGCUAACAAAUUACAAUUUGGGUACCUGUAAAAGUAAUUGACUUUUGUUUUUCCCUACAGACAAUCGUCUCAUCCCUACUGAGGUUCGCAGAGAAGCUGUACAGUUACAGAAAUUGCUGGAGUAUGAUGAUGAUGGAGCAGAAGGUUUUUUUCUGCACAUCAACAUUUAAAUGAUACCCCAUUCCCUAUAUAGUGCACAACUGUUGACCACCGAGACACUAGGCUCCGGUCAAAAGUAUUGAACUAUAUAUUGUAUAGGGUACCCUUGGGACGCAUCCUCAGUGUUGUCUUGUUUAUGAUGUUGACAACACAUCUCAUGGAAAAGCAGCCUUACCACAGUUUCCCAUUUAAAAAAAUGUGCAAACAGUGACUGAGAGAUACUCUGUGUGUGCAGGUGUCAGCUCUCACAUGGAUGAUGAGUAUAAAUGGGCUGGAGUGGAGGAUCCAAAGGUCAUGGUCACAACAUCAAGAGACCCCAGCUCUCGACUCAAGAUGUUUGUCAAGGAGGUGAAGCUGAUCUUCCCUGGGGCUCAGCGUAUGAACAGGGGAGGUCAUGAAAUUAAAGCUCUAGUACAAGCCUGUAAAGCCAACAAUGUUACAGACCUGGUCAUCGUUCAUGAGACUAGAGGACAGCCAGAUGGGCUGGUGGUGUGCCACCUACCUUUUGGACCGACUGUGUACUUCACUCUUUACAAUGUGGUAAUGAGACGUGAUGUGCCGGACAUUGGAACCAUGUCUGAAGCCUACCCCAACCUCAUCUUUCACAACUUCUCCUCACAACUUGGCCAGAGGGUUUCCAAUAUCCUCAAGUAUUUGUUCCCAGUGCCUAAAGAGGACAGCAGACGGGUUAUCACAUUUGCCAACCAGGAGGAUUUUAUAUCUUUCAGACAUCACACUUACAAGAAAACGGACCACAGGAACGUUGAGUUGUCAGAAGUUGGGCCCAGAUUUGAAAUCAAAUUGUACAUGAUCAAGCUUGGUACCCUAGAAAAUGAGGCUACAGUGGACCUUGAAUGGCGCCACCACUCACAUACACACACUGCCAAAAAGAGGAAGUUUCUCAGCAUGGAGUAAGAUUAGCCACGUCUCAGUGUGCCCCUCUCAUUGACAGGCCAUGGCCAAAGCAGCCUAACCUCAUAGUAGUCUAAUGUGUUUUCAGUUUUACACACCAUACCUCAGAUUUGUAUUUCAUGGAAAUAUGGCAUCAGACAUUGAAUAAUUUCAUUGAAACAGACUCUACCAGAGAAGUUAUGUGUACUACGAUUUUCCUAACUAACUCCAAAUUUGACUAUUUUCCAUGAAAUUAACAGAACUAAAGAAAAAAAUAUUCUUCAUAACAAGGCUAUUGUUGGCUUUGCUAUAUGUCUGAUGUUUUAGUUAUUUACCUAUUUUCCAGGGGGCUACAAAAACACUCAAUACUUUUUUUUAAAUGGCUAAAAUUGACAUUUUUCCUUUAUCAACCUCACAAUAUUAUAGACGUAGAAUUUUGUACUACAUUUACACUGUAUCUGAGGUAGUGACUUGCCCAGAGAUGAACAAUAUGUCAAAAUAAAAACAGUUCCUGGUUUUAA